CAAAUAAAGAAUAGAUAUUAUAUUUUGAGAUUUUUGUAAUUAGAAGUUUAUAUGCUGUCGGACCGAGAAACUGAUCAUUGUUAUGGUUUCUUUUAGAGUUGUACUAAACUUAAGAAUGAAUGUAUUUUGACAAGAAGUAGAAAGUAAAGGAAAUACAGAAAUGAGGCGUAGAACUGAUGGCGUUACCAUUCGCUUAUUUUAUUUAUUUUUUUCAUGCUCCCAACUUCUAUCUUCGCAAGGUCUAGUGUUCAACAUUACCUCAAUGUCCUGCGUAGCAAAAGAAAAUUCUCUAAGAAUUACAUGGGCAGCGAAGCCUAAUAUUAAUUUAUUCAAUUUUGAGGAAAAACCGCCUGUCAACAAACAAAACCAGGCCUACCCAAUUGUAGGAUAUAUUGUAAGUUGGUUCAAUGUCAAAUAUGCUGCUAUAACAGAUAAUUCGGCGAGAAUAUUUAAGACUGCUAUUGCCGAUAAAACAACGAUGAUAAGAGGAAGCGAUGUCCAGAACACAUUGUGGAAAGUAUAUUCAGAACUUGAAGACGACCUGAGUGCGAUAAAGUCUGCCUCCAAUUAUAUAUCUUCGUUCGAAUAUCGCGCUCUUCGUCCGUCUUCGGAAUCAUACUCAAUGACAGAACUACCGUUUGGUGACAAAUAUUUUGUUGAAAUUCGUGCACUACUUAGGAAGGGCGAGAAUGUCAAAACGUUAAACAUGAAUGCAUCAUGCUUCGUCGACACUGAAGAGGGUGUACCAAGUAAACCAGAGAAGUUCAAAGUGGCGAUGUUGAACACACGAACUCUCAGGAUAUCAUGGAACAAACCACAUAAAACUAAGGGGGAGAUUACUGCUUAUAGUGUAGAAUAUCAAAUGCUUGGCGCGCAAACAUUGGAACAGGCAAUAUUGGGACCAAAUGCAAGGACUGUAUUCGUACAAAAAUUGGAGCCAUAUCGUGUGUAUCACUUCAGAAUGGUAGCACUAAACACCAUGUAUCGGGGAAUAUAUACACCAUGGGUCAAAAUACGGCUUCAACCAAGGCAAUUUCGACUGAAACUCAAAUUCUCCGAUAUCUGGCAUGCAAAAAAUCCGAACGCGCCCCCAUUUGAACCGAGAGAGGGAUUUAGGAAAUUUCUAGAUACAUCAUUAAAACAAAUGUUUGGUGGAACAGCAUUCAAAUUCUUGGGACUCGACAUAGUUUUUACAAAGAAUGUAACAAUUAAAGACAAGCAAUUACUCGAGAUAACUUCUGACAUAUACUUCGACAAAAAUGGAUUAGCCAGGUCAGAUUCUCUCCACAGUUUUAUCAAAAAUGCAAUAACAACGCCACCUUUGCGACCGGCAAGAGGAAGUAUGGUGAGAGAUAUUAAUUUUUGUGACAUCCCAAAAUUUCGAUAUUGCCACGCAAAUGCAUCGUGUACAUCACAAUAUGGAAUAUUCACAUGUAAAUGUAAGGAAGGUCUCAUCGAUGACGGGGUUCAUUUAAAACUCCUUCCAGGCGUAGAGUGCAUUCAAAAUACAGCUGUACCACUGGACGUCAUCGCAAAAGCCAUGAAUCCUACCUCAGUGUAUCUUGCCUGGGGCAAGCCCCAGACGUCAGUAGGCGAAAUAAAAUUUUACGAAAUCGAAGCAAACACUUUGGUAGACGGAAAACCAGUCAGUAACAAAGGCAGAGCAAUGCCGGGUGGGUUUUUUACGGAACACGAACUGCGAGAUUUACCACCAUUUGGACUUCACAAAAUUCGUGUCCGUGGCGUAACAAACACCGCUACAGGGGAAUGGUCAAACUGGAUAGAGAUACGGAGUGAAACAAAUAUUUUCAGCGUUGUAUUUGACUACACAUCAACCGAUCCGGUCAUAAACUACCAAGAGAUGAGAGCCACCGUGCAUGAAGAAGUAACGGAAUCGAUUGUGACAACUUUGAGAAACAACAGAAGAUUAGACUUCCGAGAUUACGUUAUUCAAAAAUCCGACAUUGCUGGCCAAAAUGUAAUUCGUAUAACUGCUGCAAUUUUUAUGGGAAAAGACAUGGUUGAUGGAGUGAAGCUCAUGGAAACAAUGAUAACUGAAGAAUUCAGAGAAAAAGUUCAAAUUCCCGGAGGACCUAUUGACAAAACUACGGUGAAAGUUACAGACUUUUCCGAGUGUGGAACGGAGUUUCAAGAUUGUGCUGGGAACAUUUGUAAAAAUAUACCUGGAUCUUUUGAAUGUCAUUGCCCCCAUGGUCAUGUAGAUGUCAGUGACGACUACGGCAGGCUACCUGGCAGAAAAUGUCUGAUUUUCGAUGCGCCAGCAUCGUUUUUAGUCGAUGUGUUGGAUCCCAAGUCAGUGCGAAUCAGUUUUUCAAUACCACAUCAACUGAGAAACGAGCUUCAUAAGUUUUGGUUUAUAGUUCAGUACAACCGAAGAAUAAAAGGCAGUGACAAAGAAUUGAAGAUUGAAAUGAAUGAUGCUAAUUUCACCGCCGAAGGAUUUGUAAUGUCGCGAAGAAUAAAUAAUUUGAAAAUGAAUGCAAAAUAUGUGUUUCGGGCUGCAGCUGCAAACAAACGAGGGGUUGGUCGAUUCUCAACAUGGACAGAAGCAACAACUGCUGCACUUAUUUAUGAAGCUCAUUUGAAUCUGACGUCCCUUCUCUACAGAAAAAUCUUUGUCUACCCAAAGAGUAAUGUUACUAUAACUACGGCUAAAGGCGUGCAACAAUUUUUGGACAGAGUGAUGGGGCCGCGAAUGGCGCAAUAUAAAAAUUCAGGAGAAAUAAAGCUUGUUCCCGGUAUAAUGAAAAGAACAUUUGCAAUUGUUCUCAUGUUUUUCGACCCAGCUUCGUACAUAGAUCCUAAUCAGGUAUCCGAUAUGUUCAAAUACAACGAGGUUACGGACAAUCCGUUUGGAUUGGACUUCACAUCUGUUGAGUUGAGAGAUUUUGACGAGUGUAAUUCAACAUGGACAGACUGUUCGAAAGAUGGAAGUUGUGAAAACACUUCGCCAGGUUACAUCUGUAAAUGCAGAGAUGGAUAUAUAGAUCGUGGAGUAAUAAAUAACUUACUUCCAGGAAGGCUUUGCAUAUCACCUCAUGCAAAAACUACUACUGAAGCAACAACACCACCAACGACGGCAUCAACGCAUGCCAAACAGACACAUGGACCGCAACAAUCACAUCAAUCUACUAUUUCCGACGCAUCGACAACUACAGCGACCACGACAACCACUACAACAACAACGACCACGACUACACCAAAACCAAAACCAGGAGUUGAACUGAAAGGUGUUGUUACUGGAAGAACAAAAGUAAAACUUUCUUGGAAAAGAUACAGAGGGAAAAACGUUAAUUUGAACGAUAUGGUGUACGUGAUUCAGUAUGCAGUUAAAGGGUUAUCAUCUUGGAAGGAAGUCACUAUUUCAUCUAAAAUCCCAAGUUUAACCAUUGUCGACCUUCGACCUAAUUUAGUAUAUAGAUGGCGAAUUGCUGAAAAAUGGAGAACAAAUGAAGAGCAUCAUACAGAAUUUACAUACCCUAUUGAACUUCGAACAUCUCCUCGAACAUUUAGAAUGUUUGUACAAUUACCAUCGGUAUUACCGGACGACUUAUCAAAUCCAGGUAGUAUGCAGUACGAGGAAAUGCAGGGAUAUGUCAUCGAUUUUGUGACUGACGUGUUUACGAGUAGGCAUAUGCACAAUUACUUUCAACAAAUUGACUUUGGAAGUGCCGAUCAUGUGACAUUUCAAGCUCAUGUAGACCGAGGUACUUCAGCGGCCUUGUUAAUGUAUCUCACGCCUAGAAGUGCGGGCGGUGUUCCCCUCUUAAAAUCAGCAUAUGAAGAUACAGAAUCGAAAAUUCCGAAUCCAAAAGAAAUGAAGUUGAUAGGAAUCAAUGAUUUUGACGAAUGCGGAUCUCCAGACUUUAUGGAUUGUGACAGAAAUGCCAAAUGUACGAAUGAUGAAGGAUCUUAUCAUUGCAGUUGUGGGCCAGGCUAUACCGAUGCUAGUGAUCGAUAUUAUCUUCUGCGUGGGCGAAGAUGCGAGGGCAUGGGAACAACGACAACGACUACCACUACAACAACAACAACCACAACGACAACAACACAUCAAACAAAUACAGAUUAUACCAACAGUGGUCCCGGUGUAGUGUACAGCGAUAGAGAUUCACAGAACAAUAACUUUGAAGCCUUUAAUCCUAAUCGACGACGGACGACAACUCCUGCCAGAGCUGGAAAUAAUUUUAAUGGGGUCGGUUUUAACAACAAUAAUUUUUAUCCUCCUGCGACGAGACGACCGAUUCCUACAACCAUGUUGCCGACCACAAAAUUAACCUAUUACACAAGGCCUACGCCAUUUCGACCGGUUGCUGCCUAUACUACACCCAUGCCGACCAUAGCAAGACCAUUUUCCCCACGAACGACACCAUUUGUGCCAAAACCAUCGCCUUUCCGACCUGCAAUACCAAAUAGACCAAUGUUUCCAAAUAGACCAGCAGUCAGUGGGUCUUCAACUGGAUCUUUUGGAUCUUUCAAACCAAGCUCCAAUGUUGGUCGCGUUUCCGUACCUUGUGGAAGUAAUUGUGCCACUCUUGAAAAAUACGAAGGCGAAGUCAUUGUGACUCAUGUUGAUGGGAAAGAAAUAACUUAUGAAGAUACAAAUUCUGGUGAAAUGAUGGGCCCAGUGCAAGACGCUCUUGACCAAGUAUUGAGAUCGUCUGGUUUAGAGGGUUAUAUAUCACUUGAAGUUGUGGAGUUUCUCAGGCAAACUGUUCAACGAUCUGGGGCAAGAGUCUCAUUCUUAAUUAGGAUGAGAAAAUCAAGUACUGACAGGCCACCCCCUGGACUAUUUUCGCGAGGGAAAAGAGAGUUAUUCAACGUUCGUACUGCUAAAGGAAAAUGGGAUGUUAUCAAAGAUUAUUUUAUGAAAUCUCUGAUGUCAACUGAAGUAAAAGGACUUGUCAAAACAGCUACGGGAAUUAUUCAGUUUGACACAGCAUCCGGAAAAAUAAAAUUUUCAGAUUUCAAUGAAUGCAUUGAUCCUGAUAUACACACUGAUUGCCACAGCACAAGAGCAAAAUGUCAAAAUACUCCGGCAGGAUCGUAUAGCUGUGUAUGCAGUAGAAAUUAUGUUGAUGAAAAUCCCUCCAAACCCGGUCGGCAAUGCGUAGAUCAAUGCAAGAAUAAUCCAUGUCAGAAUGGCGGAGAAUGCAAGCAAAGAAUUGGCCAAAGACCAAGAUGCGUUUGUCAGAAGGGUUACAAAGGAGAUAAGUGUGAAAUAUCUGACAAAGGGUCGAAUAUCAUUCUCAUUGCUGUAGUAGUUGGAGUCAUAGUUCUUGUCGGUGUUAUCAUUUGCAUAACUGUUGCAAUUUUACGAAUUCGGAAGAGAAGAAAUAAUCGAACAACCAAUAAAAAGAAAAAGAAGAAAAAAGAGAAGACUAAUUCUGACUCGGAUGCUUCAUCUGACGACGAAGAUUCAGACGAUGACAAUUCAGACGACGAAAAAGAAAAGAAAGUGUCAGCAAAUAAGCGAUCUUACCUGCAGCCAGAUAUUUUAAAGCAACCACGAAUGGCUAAAGAAAUCAGUUACGAACGUCCGUCAAGGUCCACAAAAACGAUUGAAAAGGAAGAAUCCGAACUACCACCACCAGUUCGUCCACCGAAACCGCCUAGUUACAACGCCAUUUAUUUGAAGAAUAAUGGGAACGGUAAUACUCCUGCUUUGCCGCCAAGAAGAAGUAGUCUGUUAAACGACUCAAGCAGCAGAGAAACUACACCCCCUUCGCCACCCCCAAAGAGUGCAUCGUUGUAUGCUAAGGACUCGUCAACAAUAAGACAUGAAGAUUUGCAUUCCAGGCCUCCCCCGCCGCCACCUAGAGGAAACAGUAGAUCAUCCGCCGGAUCAAGUUCAAGUUACGCAGGCAGCUCAGAUUGUGAACAGCCUCCAGUUUUACCACCAAAGCCAAGGCAAUAUUCGUGACAGCGUUAAUUUAUUGCCAAUAAGUUAUAACCUCUAGUAUGGUAAGAGAUAAUUAUACUGGUUUUCGUGUGUUCCGUUCCAGCUUUUACACAUUUUAAGGCAUAUACUGUUUCCGAUUCCAAUCUCAAAUAACAGAUCACAACGCAACAAUAGUUCUUUGUUAAUUAACUAACUACCACCGACAAAAAUACUAGACCAUAUAUUACAGCUCAAUGUCAUUGAAAAGUUACAAUUUUGGGAAACUUAUUUCAGGGUUAAAUGUGGUAAAUGUAAUGUUCAAACUUUUACUGUUAUUUUUUGUGGACGCGUAACAGAUGGCCAUCAAGAAUAAGGACGAAAUUAUCAAAUUUUGUGCUCUAUUACAAAUCGAUAGCAAUAUUUUGUAAAUUUUUGUUCUUGUAACUUAUCUUAAUUGGUGUCACUGUAUAAGUAUUAUUUUUGAUUGGUCUCCCAUCCUUUCAAAAAAGAGUGCAAUCGAUAGAAGGUUUGUGAAAUGUUUAUUUAAUAAUGUGAAAUGUAAUAUAUACAUUCAUGCUAAAAAAUAACAUGUUCUAAAAUGAG